AACAUGGCGGAUACGAUGCGUAUCGAGUGUACGUAAUCCGGGCCCUGGAUAACAUAACAUAACCUAAAGUUUUUGGAAAAUUAGUUUAACUGCUCACUGCUAUUAAAACUAUUCUUUCCUCAAAUGACUCGUUUCCGACCUUCUAAGUGCUAAAUUACAACAUAAAAUUGAGUAUGUUGUCUAAAAGUGUUAAGUUAUGUUCUAGAAAGUAGUGAAUUAGUAAUUUUAAUUUAGUUUUUGUGUUAAUUUGUGGAUUUUCUGUGAAAAUGACCGUAACGUACAAUGCAGAAGUCGCAACUGUGCACGGUUUGGGACCUUUUUUGAAAUUGUUAGGAAGAUGGCGGGGCAGUCUUUACAAAUUAGUAUGGAUGGACUUACUACUAUUCUUAGUUAUAUACUAUGGUUUAAAUAUAAUGUACAGAUUUAUGUUAGAUGAGGCUGGACAAGUGAUUUUCCAGAACAUCGUUCAAUACUGUGAUGAUUACGCGAAUUUGAUACCUUUAUCGUUCGUGCUAGGUUUUUAUGUCACCGUCGUGAUGAACAGAUGGUGGAGUCAAUACAGGGCGAUUCCACAUCCUGAUCCAGUAGCCGUAUUUGUUAGCGCCACUGUACACGGGCACGAUGAACGUGGUAGAGUAAUGAGAAGAACUAUCAUGCGAUACAUGUGUCUGUGUGUCACGAUGGUAUUCACGAUGAUCUCUCCUAGAGUUAAGAAACGUUUUCCUACUUUAGAUCAUUUCGUAGAGGCUGGUUUACUCCAACCCAGUGAGAAAGACAUCAUGUCUGAUCUUAAUGUUAAAUUUCCAAAGUACUCAAAGCACUGGUUGCCUUUAGUUUGGGCCUCCAGCAUAGUCACCAGAGCCCGCAAAGAAGGUCGGAUCAGAGACGAUUUCGCGGUUAAAACGAUCAUAGACGAAAUCAAUAAAUUUAGAGGACAAUGCGGACUGCUGAUAACCUAUGAUCACAUUAACAUUCCAUUGGUUUACACUCAGGUAGUAACUUUAGCUGUAUAUAGUUAUUUCAUUACGAAUAUAAUGGCCCACCAAUGGACCAAGGAUAAUAAAUACAAAUUCGAUUUGUAUUUUCCAAUUUUUACCACUUUACAAUUUUUCUUUUACAUCGGCUGGUUGAAAGUGGCUGAAUCGAUGAUUAACCCUUUUGGGGAUGAUGACGAUGAUUUCGAAGUCAAUUGGAUGGUAGACAGAAAUCUUCAGGUAUCGUAUUUAAUAGUUGACGAAAUUCACCACGAUCAUCCGGAACUAGUAAAAGACCAAUACUGGGACGAAGUUUUCCCACAAGAAUUGCCUUACACAGAAGCCGCCCGUGCCAUCAGAGACACCCAUCCGUUACCUUCUACCGCUAAUAUAGCGACCAGGCCGCAAGACCUGGAACUCAAUACACCUCACAACGUUCUGUAUCCUGGAACUAAAAUGGACGAUAUGCAAUCGUACGCAACGGGAUUGGAUGGGGGUCCCAUAACGUUUUCCGCGAAGCCAAGGCCACGGUCGUUUAGAUCGAGGGGAUCCCAGAGUUCCUUGCUCGGCAAAUCUGUACCUGAUUCAAUGUCCAGGCAAAACUCAGUGACGAAUAUGCUGAAAAGGUUUUUCAGCAAAGACGAUAGUAAGACUGACGCUAAAGUAGAAGCGAAUGAGUUGAACAAUUUGGUAGCACAGCCACAGUCGAAGCCUGUUGGAAGCAUAAAAAAGUUAAAAGACGAUAUUAUUGAAGAGGUGGAUGAGCAACAGACAAUAACGUCCCAAAGGUCAUUCAAAGAAUCUCGGCCAACAGUUAUGAGCCUAUUUGGGCCCCCAUCGCCAUCUACGCCUGUAGAUAUUCCUCACUCAAAUAGUUUUCAUACAUUAGAUCCUAACGUAUAUGAUCCCUUUGGACAUAUAUCUACAUCAGCCCCAGCUGCAUCACAUGAAGGUAACGACGAUCCAGAUAAAGUUAGCAUAGGAGGAUCGGUUACAGAUGACGAUGAUGACGAAUUUUCCAGACUGAGGAAGGUCCGAGAAGAAGAGCGUUUAAGCCGGUUAAAACACACUUUGUCCAAGUCUCUGGGCAAUAAACCAGAAGAGAUGGAAAUACUGCUUUGCCGGCAGGUAUCAGAAGUUCCUUCUACAGUUCCAUCCACACCUGGACCAAAAACACCAGCUUCGACAACCUCCACCAUUUUUUGAUACCUUUAAUGCAAUUUUUUGCAUAUCUUGCACACCUUUUAAAUCAGCCUGAGCAAUAUUAUAAGAAAAAUAUGUUGUCUAACGUAGUCUUAAGGAAGCUAUUGUAUUAUUUGAGCUAUUUGUAAAUAAGGGUAAGUUUUUGAAAAUUUAGAAUUGUUCCAAGAGAUCGUCCUUCUAAAGCAGAUCAGUUUUUUUUCUCAAAUAGUUCUAGGAACUCGAGCGUAUUUUACACUUUGACUUACCAAUCUUCUUCUAGUGAGGGUAAUACCUACUAGUGAUAUCUCAAGUAAUGCAUUCCUAGAUAUACACAUCCUCAAGGUCUUUCAAAAUGUCUAGGCUCGUAUAAUAUCUAUAUUAAGUUUUCGAAGCAGCUGAAAGAGUAUGACUCUUUCGGAGACCGGAACCAAGUUCUUCACGGAGAUAAUCAAAUGUUCGCAUAUCAGAACUGUCCUACUGUGACACUAACUUGUGGUGAGCAUCUGAGCUAUUACGCCAUGAGUAGUAAAGGGUUUUUCCACGGUACACGACAAUUAGACCGAAAUCAUCAGACCGAAAGCAGUAGACCGAACUCACUAGACCGAAAAGCACUUUACCGAAACCUCAUUAGACCGAACAGUAUAUUAGAUCGAAAUGGUACAUAAAUUAAAAAAGAUUGCAGUAAAUUAUGCUAAGAUUUUGUAUAUCUGUCUUUUUGUUUAUUGUGUUUUUUUUUUGUAUUAUUUUAUAUAUAGGCUGUGUACAAUACAGCACUGCACUGUACAGUCUGAUAUGAAAUAAUUUUCAUCCGUUAAACAAAUUAGUGAAGGUAAAAAUAAAUUAAGGGUAGAGUGACGUUAACACCAUUUUAACUAUUUCUAAUAACCGUCCAAAUAACAUUUAGUGGUAAUUACAUUUGUCUUAUCUCUUUUACUGCGAAAAGUAAAAAGAAAUUAAGGGUAAAUUUUAAUUCCUUCUAAUUUGAAUUUAAUGAUUAUGACAGCCAUUAUGGAUAAAGGGUGAAGGGAGGUUGGUGUUACCCUUGCUCAGAUUACAAUCCUGUUUGAGCACCCAUUAUUAUGUAUCUAAUACGUGCUAAUACUUUUCGGUCUCGUACUGUUCGGUCUAGUGAGGUUUCGUAAAGUGCUUUUCGGUCUAAUGAGUUCGGUCUACUGCUUUCGGUCUAAUGAUUUCGGUCUCUUUACAGUAAACCUUUUCCACUAGUAUUGAUUAUUCUUGCUUGUGAUAUCGAUGUUAAUUCUUUUCAUUUCCUGAAUUCUGUCAGACGUAUGAUGACAGGUUUGCCAGUGCCACUCAUUUACUUAUAUAUUGGCAUAGCAUAACAACUGAGCGUACAUUCUGCGCUUCCCGACGACAAGAUCUCUUGGACUGGUUUGAUGCUAUCUUUUUCUAGCACCGAGAAACUAACAUGAAACUAAGUGGAGUAUAGACAUAGACAUAAUAAGAAUAAAUAAGGUAAGGUAUGGGCCGCUCUGUGCAUCGAGGUGUAACGCCAAUAUCAACGACUUCAUUGGUCAAUAUUCACUUUGAGUGGUCUAGCCAUCUUUCUCUGUCACAUGUGCUGGAUCGCUCGGAAAAGAGAGAUAGAUAGACCACCUACCGACUACUCUACAUUACACUAUUUUGCCUACCAUGCCUAUAGGUAUAGGCACGGUAGGGGAGGACAGUGUCACAGAUUUACUAUAUGUAAGAGUGAAACAGCACACAGCACUGAUAAAAAAAGAUGAUGUCACUUCGCUCAACAUGACACCCUGUCUAUGUUAAUAUACAGCGUGUCUACUUAAGUUGGAAACAUAUGGGAAACUUUUUUUUUAUUAAUUUUACGAAAAAAAGUUACUCUUAAUAAAAAGUUCUGCAUGCUCUAAAACCUAAGAUUCAAUCAUCAGAUAUCAAAUUUUAUCAAUAUUAUACGAGGUAAGUAAAAAAAUAUGAAUUUCGUUCAAGUACCUUUAUUUCUCUGAAUAUCGAAACUUCUUAUUAUGAAAAGUUGUUAAGAUCAAAUGUGCAAUUACAUGAUUCUAAUUAAAAAAAAUAUUUUACAAAUUUUUUCUCAAAUUUAUGAAUAAGUAGGUACCCAACAUCGUUUUUAUUUAUUACAAAUAUGAUAACUGUUUUAUUAUUCAUUUUACGAAAAAAGUUAUUCUUCAUAAAAAGCUAUGCAUGGGCUAAAAUCUAAGAUACCAACUUGAUGUAUAAACUUUUAUUAAUUUUAUACGAGGUGUGUCAAAAAAUAUGAAUUUCGCUCAUAAGUAUAGUACCUUUAUAUUACACAAUAUUUCAAUUAGAACGAUGUAAUUGCAUAUUGAAACAUAGUUUUUAAUUCUAAACAACUUUUUGUAAUAACUAUUUUCAAUAUUGUGAAAAUUAAAGGUACUUUACUCUUGGGUGAAAUUCAUAUUUUUUACAUACCUCGUAUAAAAAUGUAAUAAAUAUAAAAUGUGAUAUCUGAUGGUUGCAUCUUAGAUCUUAGGACAUACAGAGCUUUUUAUAAAGAAUAACUUUUUUUGUAAAAGUAAUAAUAAAAGAGUUAUAUGUGUAAUAAAUAAAAACGAAGUUGGAAGUCAUAAAUUUGAGAAAAAUUUGGAAAAUAUUUUUUUUUUCAAUUAGUAGCAUAUAAUUACAUAUUCGAUCUUAUUUUUUAAUUCCAAACAACUUUUCAUAAUAAGAAUUUUCGAUAUUGAGGUACUUUACUCUUGAACGAAAUUCACAUUUUUUGACAUACCUCGUAUAAUAUUGAUAAAAUUUGAUAUCUGAUUAUUGAAUCAUAGAUUCUAGAGCAGCGAUUCUCAAACUUUUUGAGUCAUGUACCACCUACAGUUACUUUUAUUAUUUUUGGUACCACCUAUAUUUUUACAUUGUAUUAUCAAGACUUACUAAAUACUACUAUUUUAAAUUUUUUAUGUUUUGUGUAUCACAGCAAAUAAUGAUAUGUACCACCAGUGGUACAUGUACCACAGAUUGAGAACCGCUGUUCUAGAGCAUGCAAAAUUUUUUAUGAAGAAUAAUUUUUUCUCGUAAAAUUAAUAAUAAAAAAGUUUCCCAUAUGUUUCCAACUUAAGUAGACACGCUGUAUAAGUCUAUGGUGCAAAUGCGACUGUUAGAGAUAAAAUGACAUUUGUCAAGUUGUAAUGGAGUUGAUAUUCUUUUGGUUUAUGUUUUGACUUCCUAAAUAGUGCUUCUUCGAAUGUUGUUGCUCUUGUGAAACAUUUUUAUCAUGGGUAGAUAUUAUUGCUAUUAUUUGUCGUCGAAAUAUUUUUUAUCAGCAUCCUUUAUCCAAUUAUGUAGUAGCAUGUUCAAUGCUUCAAUGUAGCUCUUCAACCCUGGCUGGGUCUUGGCUGACUGUACAACUUUUUUCCAAUUUGUUCGGUCUUGCAUCAAACUAGGGUCAAAUGGGAUGUUCAUUUUUCGGAGAUCCGCUUGGAUGUUAUCUCUCCAUCGCAUUCUGGGACGUCCGAGUGGUCUUUUGCCUGUAGGAAUCUCCUCCUAUACCAGUCUCACAAGUCUCAUUAUGAAGUCUGUGCACGUGGCCUGCCCAUCCUAGUCGCUGUGAUUUAAUUUCUUGGACAUAAUGGCGUCAUUGUAGAGUGCUUUAGACAAGGAGAAAACGGCGGCUUCGUUGGAAAAAAUUUGUUUAAACAAUUUUUUUUAAAACAAAUUGCAAAAAUCAAUAUUUUCGGCGCGGACAAAUCUUUUUAGGGUUUUUUGAUCAUUCAGAAUAAAAAAGGUCUCUUAUAAUUUUUCUCUAAAAUUGAUCGUUUUCGAGUUAUAAGCAAUUUAAAAUUGAAAAAAACGAAAAAUAGUGAUUUUCAAGGCCCAAAAGCACCAGUAAAAAAUAUUAUUUUUGAGGUUACCAAGUGCCUAAAUUAAAGUUCAAACCUUCUUGUAUCCGUUCCCGAUGAGAAUUUGGGGCUUAUUUUAUUUUAAACUUUUGUUUUUAAUGCAGCGCUUAUGACAGGUUGGGCGCUCGGGCUGUCGCGCGGCUGGACUAUAUUAUAAAUAUUCUGUAGCUCCGGCGUUCUCGGCGGUUUUUUAUGCUUGUUAAAUAUACAUACGUUUUUGGUUACCAUGUUUUUUAGUUUUUAUAAAUCAAUAUGAUUUUUUGAUGUUUAUUAUAAUUUUUGAAGGUAUAAAUAACAACUAAAAAAUUAAUACAGCGUUCGAAAGUUUACAAAUGUGUAGCAAAAUUUAUUUGAAAUUCAUAUUUUCGCAUUCAUCUACAUUGCAAACAACAUUUUAAUGUUAAACAUUACUAAAUUUAAUUUUAAUCUUAAAAACUUUUAGAUGUCAAUGAUAAAAACUAAAAAAAUUAAUUUUGCUACACAUUUGUAAUGUGUUGAACGCUUUAUUAAUUUUUUAAUUAUUAUUUAUACCUUCAAAAAUUAUAAUAAACAUCAAAAAUCCUAUUUAUUUAUAAAAACUAAAAAAUAUGGUUACCAAAAACGUAUUUAUAUUAAAGCAAGCAUAAAAAACGACGAGCCACAGCCCGAGCGCUGGCCCUGUCAUAAGCGCUGCAUUAACAAUUAAAAAACAAUAGUUUAAAAUAAAAUAAGCCAAAAAUACUCAUCGGGAACGGAUACAGGAAGGUUUGAACUUUAAUUUAGGCAUUUGGUAACCUCAAAAAUAAUACUUUUUACUGGUGCUUUUUGGCCUUGAAAAUUGCAAUAUUUCAUUUUUUUCAAUUUUAAAUUGCUUAUAACUAGAAAACAAUCGACUUAAGAGGAUCGGUACGUAUUUUCGGCUGCAAUGCUAUUCAAAUGGGGAUUCAUUUUUUUCGAAUCCUGAGAAAACUAAUAAGUAUUUUUGAAAAAUGUAAACGCAGAAUGAAAGAUCACGUUAUUAGCGAGGGCCGAAAGUCCCUGAGAAUUUCUAUAAUGUUUAUUUUAAUAAGUUACAGGGGUGAAAAACUAAGAGAAAAUUUAGUGUGAUUUUUAAUUUCAAAUAUAUCAUUCAAAAUAAACUUUUUAUUUAUUCUAAGGGACUUUCGGCCCUCGGUAAUAAUUUAGUCUUUCAUUCUGCGUUUAAAUUUUUCAAAAAUAUUUAUUGGUUUUUUCAGGAUUCGAAAAAAAUAAACACAAUGCCGUGGUAAUAUUUUCCAAAUCUAUCGUUGUCUUACAACGCACUCAGCCGAAUAUAAUAUUGUCAGCAUAUAUUGUCAGUCAGACACUGACAAUCAGUGACAAUUUUAAAUAUUUGACAUUGCAUCGGGAAUAUGUUGAGUUAUUGAUUAAAUAUUAUUGAUAUAUAAUGUAUUUGAUAAAUAAUUGAUUUAAGACGUGAACUUAAUAAAAAGUUAUUUAUUGUGUAUUAUUUGUGGAAGAUCCAAGCAGAGAAUACAUCAGGAUAAUAUAUGCUGUGAUCCAAGUAUUUUGUUGUUAAAGAUGUUCAAAAUUGUAAGCGUUCCAUAACAAUAUAUUAUUAAAAAAUCACUUUUAACACUUUUUCUCUUUUUUCGAUUGAGUAUUAGUCUUUGUUGUACAAAUAAAUUAUUACAAUCACUGAAUACAUAGUUAGUGAAAAAAUUAUCACAUUUAUUAACUGAAUUAAUAAUUUGCAAUUAUAAAAAUAACAGUUAUCCAAGAACAUUCAAAACCCAUCUCUUUAAAUUAAUGAUGACAUUUUCAAGUAGAAUGACAUUCUAGUAAUGUUUACAUAUCCAUACCACUGUGAAUUUUACUACACGUAAUUUGCCGUGUAAAGACAGAAAAAGUAGGGAUACACGUAAAAUAUUUGCGAAUUAUGUACCCAUAGCCUUAAGGGAAAAAUUACAAGAGACCUUUUUUGUUCAGAAUGGUCCAAAAACCCUAAGAAAAAUUUGUCCGUGCCAAAAACAUUGACUUUUGUAUUUGUUUAAAAAAAACUGUUUAAACAAAUUGGGACCACUUUUCGCGUGGGCGACUUCUUGAACUUUAUUCUGAGGUGGCUCACGAAUGUGAUUAUGUAAAAAAAUCUCAUGGGAAUAUUUUUUCCAACGAAGCCGCCGUUUUCGUCUUGUCUACUUUUAAUUCGAUAUUGGUUCUGAUCCUAUACUGGUUUGUGGUGAUGUCGUGGUGAGGUCUCGAAGUAUAGGUAAGGAUGUUCAUCGACAUAGGCUUUAUCUUAUGUAUAUACGCAAUAUUAGGAAAUGUAAAGAAUUAAGUAGUUUCAGUUUUUCUAAGCUAAGUACUUUAUACUUAAUAUACGAGCACGUAGUUAUAACAUAACUCAAGCUCUUAUUGUACAGUUUUUAAUUUAUAGGUAUUAUUUUUUUUAAUUUUUAGACAUUUUAAAUUAAAGCUAAUUAGUAAGUAAUAAAUUGACGCUGGUCGGGAGAUUAUAUACUGAAUUGGUAGGAAGUAAGUAAUGAGUCUAGUAUGGACAAUAUAACCUUACAAUCAGAGAAUCUUUUCUAAACGGAAAUAAUAUGGAUCAUUUAAAAUUCACAAUUCUUUCUAUACGAAACCAGAUGGUAAUGGCCUGUUCAGUCUCAGUUUAAAAAUUCCCCAUUAAAUAGUAAACCUUAUCAGACCUUAUGUCAAUGAAUCACUUUUUGAAUGCACUCGAGGACGCUUCUUGACAGAAAUGUUUUCAGCUUUUAAAACAUCAGAUAAAGGACCAGCCUCUUUAUGUCGAUAAAUUAGUCUUCAACGUAAAACCACACACAUGUGUUUUUUUCAGUAUAGUCACACCCGGAGCGGACACACCACCGCACUCGCAAAUAAUAAAAAACCCUCUUUCGAGCAAUGUUCACGCUAUUUUACCGACACAAUUAAAUAUAUUAUUAACAAGUUGUUGUUUUUACAUUUAUUUUAAUUUAAGUUAAUCGUUCCCGAACACGCACGGAACAAAUUAUUUGGUCUUUUACCUCUUCUUCGAUAUUGUUGUCGGCAUGUAGAUUAAUUCCCAUGUAUUUGACAGCCAUUACUUGUUGUAUAAUUUGAUUGUCUAACUCCAAUUGCAUCUAAUUGGUUCUUUGGCUAUUACUAAGCUUUUUGUUUUUUGGGCUGAUAUUUUCAUAUUCAUUUCUGUUGCGUUAAUGUUGAAUUCGUGCAGCAAUCUUUGUGAUUACUUUGUGAUAUGUGACUUGAUUUUAAUUAAUACAGAUUGACAAUAUUCAGUAUAUAAUCUAUCCAUAUGUCGUAAAAACCAAUAGAAAAAUGUGAUAUUGUUAGUGUUGUGAAUUAUUGACAAUACGGAUAUUAUUUAAGGAUGAUAUAAUCAAACAUUUUUUGAGACUUGAGAUAAAAUGGAAACGUAAUGAAAAUAACGGUGCUUGUACUCUUACGAUGUCAGUUGGACCACUAUAAAAACAAAAUUCGACACCGAUUGUCGACGCCGUUUGUAAAACAUAGGCGGCGCAAUAGAAAUUAAUGAGUAAACUUUUAUUUUGAAAUUAUGGUUCAAUAUUUGUUAAACAGUAGUAAUGUUGUUAAUUGUUCACAUUUCUUUAUGAAAUUGACACCAAAGAUAAUUAAAAAUACAUAAUACAAAUGAAAUUUAACGUGCUUAUUAAUUUGAGAACUAAAGAAAUAAGACUACACUUUGAAUAUACACAUAAAAUACUUACAUGAAAACGAACAAUUCGUCUUCCAGUCGAAUUGUCUUAAUUCAUGACUAAUGGAGAGAUCACUUUUACUACUGUACAUGGGACAUAUUUUUGACAAGUUGAAAUAUAUCACUAUCCGUGUGUUCAGAACUUGAUUCGACACUUGUUGUGUUUAUAACUACCACAUCAAUAUUGGAAAAGAAGUGAAAAGCGCAAUUUACAUAACAGUUAUCAGACCAAUAAUGACAUAAAUACGCGGCAGAAACACGACUUGAUACAGAAAGGACAGAAAGAAUGCUAGAAACAGCAGAUAUGAAAAUACUUUGAAAAAUCGAUGGGAUAUGGGAAGAUCUAGAAGUGCAGAUAUACGACAGAUAUGCAAGGUGGACAACAUUAAUAACUGGGUAAAAAGCAGAAGAGUAUAAUGGAACAACUACAUGAGCCAAAUGACAAAAAACAAAAUAGGAAGAACGGCGAGAGACGGUUCCCCAAUAGGAAGACGAUCAGUUAGGUCUGUAUCCCGCGUAUGAAAAAAAAAGUUGAUUAAUAAUGAGCUGAAAACUUGCUAAUAGCUUAAACGGUGUCUAGUCGGAUAAACUGUGAUAUAUGAGAACACUGUAACAAGGGCAGUUUUAAUUGUGGAACAGGUUAAAAAUUUGGAACGGUCAGACUUAAACUCUCCGAACAGAGAUUAAACUCUCAUGCAAAAAUCACGACUGCUAUUUAUCACCUGUCAUAAUUCCUGUCAUUUUACAUAUUCUACAUGUUCCACUCAUUAAAACGCCCAUUUGGUGAUAAAUAGUAGGCUGAUUUUUGCAUGAGAGUUUAAUCUCUGUUCGGAGAGUUUAAGUCUGUUCUGUCGGACAAAAUAAAUGUGCCGUUUUCGUGGUCUGGCCGUUCCAAAUUUUUAACCUGUUCCACAAUUAAAACUUCCCCUGUUCCAGUGUUCCCAUAUAUCAAAGUUUCUCCAACUAGACACCCUUAAGCUAUUAAAAAAUUUUCAGCUUGCUAUUAAUCAACUUUUUUUCAUACGCGGGAUCCAAACCUAAGUGGGAAGACCACGAAAACGAUGGAAUGACAACUUACUGGAGGCACAUUGAAAAACAGACAGAGUCAUGUCUACACAAGAAGAAGAAGAAGGAAAAGAAGAAGAAGACAUUAAUAUUGGUGACAAAGCAAGAUAAUAUUUUUGAGCUACACAAUUUUUCCAAAUGUCACUUUUGACUUGUAAGUAUAUAUAUUCUAUUAAAACAGAAAAUAGUGAAGAAUUACAAAGAAUGAUGGAAGCACUAGAUAGUGAAUCGACAAAGAUGGGACUGAACAUCGCUUACAGUAAAACAAAAGCCAUGACCAAUCAACAAGGAGAACCAAUAAUUACAGUGGCACAAACAAGAAUAAAGCAAGUAAAAGAGAUAUUCUAGGACAAAUCACUAAAUUAAAUAAAAAAAAUCAGACCGAAGAAAUAAAAAAAAAUAAUAAGAUUGGCCUGGGCAUCACUCGGAAAACUUUCUUUUAUUCUAAAGAAAAAAAAAUACCCCCAAUACCUAAAAUCAAGAGUCUUCAAUCAGUGUACACUCCCUCUCCUCAUAUAUGGCUCUUAGACAUGGACACAUACAAAGGAAAAUAUGGAAAAAAUAAAAAUAUGAAACAUGAAAAAUUCCAUUAAUUACAUUAUUCAAUCAGCGGACUGAGCAAAUUGACGUCAUUAAAUCUCGCAUAAUAUAUGGGACAUCCUGUAUAAACAAUACAGUUAUUAAAAUUUAAAAUUGAUCAUUAAAAGUAUAUAAUACUUACAAAUGCAAUUUAAUGUGCUUAUUCAUUCUUUAAGUACUAAAGAAAUGAGACAAAAAAUGUAUUAUAAAAAUAAAAUAAUUGUAAGUUAUGACGACGACACUGUUUAUAUAGUGUUUAUAUUGCUUGCCGCCUUUGAAACAUGAGAAGGUAUUUUGACCAGAUAACGAUAUGAUUUGAGCCUAAGCACUUCCGAACAAUUUGACCAAUUACUCUUCAGUAUUGCCCAAUAAGAUACGUUAGAAAGUAAUAAGCCACACCCGCGUCCAUGUGGACUAAUACAAGGAGUGAUCAAUUUUGAAGCAAGCAAAUGUUUAUAUGGUUUAUCUUUAUUUCUAUGCUCUUCGUAGAAUUACUGACCGGACCCCAAAAAUGCUUCUGGUCCAACUGACAUCGUAAGAACACUUUUGUAAUAUAUUUUUUAUUUAUUAAUAGCGAUUUUUAAGUUUAAAUAAUCAGUUUUUUGUCUCAAGUCAAACGACGAAUGAGGUCUUCAACUCUAACGGUUCUUAAAAAAAUGCAGAGUCCAAUAAGAAGAAACUAUACAGGGUGUUUCAUUAAUAAUUUAAAAUAUUUUCACUGUAGAUUCCUGGGCUCAAAGUGUUGGUUUAAUCCAAUGCACUUUGUAGUCCGAAAUUGCUUCAUAAAGGAGCUAGAUAUCUUUAAAGAUCGUUUUUGUAAUUAGUUUUAUUUAAAUACCUCCAGUACUCCAUAAAUUGUGAAUUUCUAGCACCCGUCAUAAGCGUUCGUUUUUGGUAGGACAACGGUUAUUCUACGUUUUUUUUUGAAAAUUUUCAAAUAUAUUUUUAUGGAAAACUGUGUAUCCUACCGACUUAAAGCAACAGUACCUUUUAGUACUAGAAUAUCUCACAAUUUAAUAAUUAAGUGUUAUAAAUGUUUAAGACUAAAGACACAUAAUAAUACGAUAAAAUAACCGUUGCCCUACCCAAAACAGACUUCUACUACCGGUACUAGAAAUUCGCAAUGUAUGGAAUAUAUUUAUCUCUGGAAGAUAAAUAGGCGCUCCAUUUUUCGUUUUUCAAAAUAGAAGCGUUCUGGGGGUAUUUAAAGAAAACUAAUUACGAGACGCCAUCUUUAAAGAGCUCUAUUAGCUGCCUUAGGAAACAUUUUCGGACUAACCGAUUUGGGUUAAACCGCAAUAUUUUGAGCUCAGGAAUCUACAGUUAAAAUAUUUCCAAUUAUUAAUGACACCCUGUAUAAGUCCAUGCUGAGAAGUUUUAGUAUACGAUGAGCGCGCUAAUAACCGGCAAAAUAACGCAAAAGAUGGAAAACAUAAUACAUUGUGAAAUAAGCAGAGAUGAAACUAGUAGAGGUGGAUAUUAUCGAUAUAAACGUAUAAAUUAACAUUACAUAGUUUCCCACCUUUAGACGUCUGUGACAGGAGAUUUUACAAAAUUCUCCUGUCACAAUGACAGUUGUCAUACUCCUCCGAUACGUCUAAAGGUGGGAAACUAUGUAAUGUAAUGUUAAUUUAUACAUUUAUAUCGAUAAUUUCCACCUUAACCACUAUAGCCAGGGAGGUAGUGUCAAAUUUGACCGGAGCAUUUUAGAAUGGCUGUUUUCUUUUAUUUAGGUAGGUGUUCCAAAGCUUAUUAACAAGUGAUGUGUCAGCUGGCCCAAAACCGGGGAUUUUAGGCAAGAAAAGGUAAAAUAUGAAAGUUGAUGGACAAACGCUACAACUUAAAUGUCAAAUAUUUAUAUACGUUACUCAGAACAUUUGAUAGACUUGCUUACUUGGCUCCUACCUUUCACUCGGGAGAUCCGGCUUCAAAUCCUGGCGCGGAAAAUUCUUUUUGUUUUUUAAAUUGACAUUUUAUUUUAAAAAAUAGUUAUUUUUAUAAUACCACGGCAUGUCCACUUGGCCAGCUAACAUUUUUUGCAACGUACAUGAUGCAGCUGACGCUUUUUUAUUACAAUCUAAAAUUCACAAAUUAUUGAUUUAUACUUUUUAAUCUUUGCCACACUAGUCCAAGAAUAUUUUUUUAUUAUUAACUAGCUGACCCGGCAAACUUCGUACCGCCUUAAAACUAAAUAAUGUUUGAAAGUUUAAUACCUAAAAAUUACCAGAAAGCCAAAAAAAUACUAAAAAAUAUUGCGUACCUAUACUUUUUGCUACCAAAUGCAUAGUUUACGAUUCUAUAAGGGACAUAGGUACAGACAAACAUUCAUUUUUAUGUAUUAUAGAGAAUAGGGAAAUAUUUAGAUUGCUAUUAAAAAUAGGGGUUGGUGAGAAAAAAGUGAAAAUUUAGGGUUGUAUCUUUCGGUUCUACAACAUAUAAAAAACAGUUUGUCCAAAAAAAUAACAAAUAAUGUCUCCCUUUCCACUUAGAUCGUUGGUCUUACCAACUCAGGAACCUUCAGAGGUUCAUGUACAACAAAUUUGGUUAUUAAGAUCAAUCAUAAUAUUAUGACCAAAAAUGCAUAGUUUGCGAUUCUAUAAAAGACAAACAGAUUUUUUUAUAUUGUCUCGUAUAAAUAAUAAAAACGUGGUAUUAUAAAAAUAAUUAUUUUUCAAAAUAAAAUGUCAAUUUAAAAAAACAAAAAGAAUUUUCCGCGCCAGGAUUUGAACCUGG